UCCAUGCGACAGUACAGGAAGUCAUUCCAUGAUCAUGAUCCUAGCGUCCAUCUGGAUGCGGACUUCCAGCCAGACACACAAGAGUCACCUGAAUGGGCCAAAGAGCUUAUGAACGGAAUGAUAAAAGUGCAACAGCGUCUUGAAACCCUCAUCCCUCAGUCAUUGAAUGCGCCCCAUGCCACCUCGCAGCCAACAGUCAAAACAUAGAUCAGUACGGCCAAACCUCCUCGCGCACUCAAACUGUGAAUAUCAACACGCAACCCACUGGCACAAUUCCAGAAUCGGUGUACCAAAA